GCGAGAGCGUGCUCCAACUGGGCAUAACGGCUUUUACUGUUAACCGGUGUGGGGGCCGGCGCGCAAAAGCUUGAAUUGAAUUUUCAGCUGACUUCAGUCUGCCGCACGCCAGGCUACGAAGCGGACGCUCUCUGCUCUUGCUCUUGGCCACAGAAACAAAAACCCGUUCGCGACCGUCGCACCCGAUUUGUCUCGUACUCCGUACUCGUUACGUACCCGUACCCGUACCCUUACCCGUGUUUCGGUUGGCAGCCGCGCAUGCGCAAAGUGUUUCGUAAUUGACAGCCAGCGAGCAGCAGCAACGGCUUGUCCCAGUUUUCAGUUCGCUUUUCAUUUCGUUGUAGACAGAGAUUUUUGUAGAUUUUUUGGUAAUGCCCACGGGCCGCGCGAAUGCAUCAUUGAGUGUUGGGGGCAUAGUAUAUUGAAAGCGGCCAAGUGAUGUGCAAUCGACUACGUACCAAGCCCAGACGACAAGCAACAGACGACGCCACCACCCACAGAGAUCAGGAGCAAGGAGCAAGGCGGCAGGAUUAUGAGAUCGCAUGUGGCCGUCUAUCACGCGCCAGACAACGGGAAUAUCCAUGCUGGACCCUUUGCUAGAUACCAUCAGCAUCAGCACUUGCACUGGGCCUCAACGCCGCCGGUUCCUCCACCCACAUCAGCCGCUGCCGCUGCCGCCGCCGCCGCCUGUUACAAUCAGCUACAGCGCCAGCGCCUGCAUCAUGGACCACACGCUCCCUGGACACCUGCUCAGGCGCAGGGGCAGACUCCACUCCCUCAGGCAGGCAGCUAUGGCAUUGGAUUGUCCCUACCGCCUGUGGUUAAUCAGCAGCGGAUCAACGAGUGUGCAGGAAUCCCACUCAUCUCGAACGCCUCCAGCCACUUGUCGCCGGGCCAGCGUCAGCGUCUGCUAAGGAAGACGGCUCCAAAGACGCCGCCAUGGCCACCGACGGGGUUGCACUCGAUGUCCCAACUGGCGGCCCAUGCCCAGGGCAUGCCGCUGCUCCAGCAGAACGGCAAGCAGCAUCUGUCACAGCACCACCAUCCGCAACAGCCGCAGCAGCACCAGCACCAUCAUCCAACGUCGUGGAGUGGCUACCAGCCGAUGCCCCCAACCAGCCAAAGCUACAAGCUGGCGGAUAAAUGCCGUGCCCUACGCUACCAGAACUCUGCUCCGCCCAUGCUCCAAAGCCAGGAGAAGCAGACGCAGGCCGGCAGUGCCACUGGCGGCCAGGAUGCCACACCGCCGCCGGAGAGUUGCUUGCCACGGAUAAUCAAGCCGCGCAAGCGCCGCAAGAAGGAUCGGAAGCCCGGAAACGGGGUCUUGCUCAAAAUGGAACCGGACUUGCAAAUGAAGGCGUCCGUCCAGGGAGAGGACCAUCCAUACCAUCAUCAUCUGCUGCCUCUGGGCGGAGGUGGCGGACUCUUGCAGCACGAUCACACGCACGGCGUUUGCUUCUGCCGGGACUGCGAUCCGCUGCGAUCCCUGUGGGACUACCAGACACAGACGCUGCGUCGCUCGCUCUCCGAUGCCUCGUCCAGCGAGCCGGGAGGCGGCAGCCGGGAGUCCUCCUCCUCCACCUCGUCCACGCACUCAUCGGAUAGCUCCUGCGAUAGCUCCAUCUGCUCGCAGAGCUUGCCGCCGGCCAGCGACUGUGCGCCCACUGUGCAGGAGGAGAGCGUCGAGGAGUUUGCCCCCAUAACCGUGGACAGCAGUCGGGCGGAGAUUGUGGGCGUCAUUGGAUCGCAGCGAAGCCACCAAGUGGGUCAUGCCCAUGAGGGCGUCACCGCGACGCCUUCACAGUGCAGCCUCAGCGAUGACUCGGGCUAUGGCGACAUCUUGAGUGGGAUCAACAUUGCCAACGAUCUGUUUGGCAACAUUGGCUUCAAAGGCAGGGCCUCAUCAUCGGAAUCAUCCUACUCGUCCGCCUGCGCCCAGGCGGAGACGCUGCUCGACGAAAGCAUCAGCGAGAUAUCGAGGAAGCUCAUCGAGACGUGCAGCAGCAGUGCGUCGUCGUCGUCGACGUCAAGCGGAGAUCGGCACGGUUCGGUAUUGGGAUCGGGAGCUAGCGACAGUGGCUUGGAUAGUGCUGGCAGCUACAGUCGCGACUCUGGCCUCGUCUUUAGCUUUGAGCAUUUGAAUCUCAAUUUGAAUCUGACGGAUGCGACGCCCACAUCUUUGGAUUUUCUUGUGGAUUGCAACAACAACAGCAGCAGCAGCAGCAAUAGCAAAAGCAGCUGCGACAGCAACCAAAAAAACAACAAUAGCAUCAGCAUGGGCAACGACAAGGGAGGAGCAACCUCACAGCAAUUUUAUAACAAUUGCUUUGGCCUGUUGUGGCAGCAGCAGCAGCAGCAGCAGCAGCAGGGUGGAGGCGGACACGAUGACAGCCAAGUGGCAGCUGCCAAACCAAACCAAAACCAAAACCAAGACCGAGACAACCGCCGCGACACACCCACAACCAGGCGACUGAUACUGGGAACGUUGCACGGUAAAUUGAAGCCAGCAUUUUCCACCAUCUCGUGACGCCGACAAUGAAAAACUAAUCAAAAAUCCAAAGCGACAAUCCCCCAUGGAAUAUAAUAACUACAGGAAGGAAGGGAAGGGAAGGCAAACGAGGAGUCGUCACCGGCGUGCCCUUAAAUGGCAGGCGUUCGAAAGUCGUUCAUUUUGAGAGAAUGGAGAGAUUGAUCCGCUCAAACGCAGCUGUUUUGGGGCUGACGAUGCGUGGGCGGGCGGGCGCAUGAAGAGAAAAUGUAUAUUCAAGAAAUUUUCAAUUUCAACCGAAAACAUCAAUUGCAUAACCAACCAACCAACCACCUUCCAACGAAAGACAAACGAAAGAAGAAAAGCCAUUAAAUCUGUUCAAGGCAUACACAUAUGUGAAAGAUGGUCAUCAUCACGAUCAUCACGAUCAUCGGGCGACGAUAAAGAAAGCAAAAACAAAAGGCCAACAAGUUUUACAAACUCCCCAAACCCCAAUGGAAAUCGUACGAAACGGAACAGAAAGACAGGCCGCCGCAAUCGGGACUUGGGAGACUGGAUGGGAAACCUUGUACAUACAUACAACAUACAACACUUUAGCUGCUUCAAAACUUUCACUUUCACUGCCUGCCGACUGGCGACUGCUGACUGCUGACUGCCGACGAUGCGGCGUUUUAUAUUUUUAAGACAGUGUUUCUUUUUCUUUUUGCCAAAGACCACCACAAAAUGUUGACGGGGUAGCGGCUUGGUGUUGCGGGUGGAGGGGAAAGAACGUGAGAGAGAGAAGAGAGAGAGAUAGAGAUAGCGAGACUUGGGUGCGCGAGAGAGACUCUUAUGCAGAUUUUGUGGUGAAAAAAGAAGAAGAAACUUUGUAAAAAUCGAAUUGAACUACAAACUAUGACUAUAUAUAUAUAUAUAUAUACCUGUACGAUAUCUACAGAUCUAGCGAGUAUAUUUCACUGUAUCUACUACAGAUCUACGAGUACUAUAUCUAACCAUACUUAGAAAUAC